GUCAGGACUCCCCUCUGGAGAUCUUUCAACAUGUUUCCUUGAUGACACUGGACUCGAUCAUGAAGUGCGCCUUCAGCCACAAGAGCUGUGCCCAAUUAGACAGGAAUUCUCGCUCCUACAUCCAAGCCAUUGAAGACCUAAAAGAUCUGAGUUUUUCCCGGAUUAGGAGCGUUUUUCAACAGAGUGACAUCAUCUACAGUUUGUCUUCAAAUGGCCAAUUGUUCAAACAAGCCUGCAAGCUUGCCCAUGAGCACACAGACCGAGUGAUCAAGCAGAGGAAGUCUCAGCUGCAGAAUGAGAGAGAGCUAGAGAAGAUCAAGAGAAAGAGGCGCUUGGAUUUCUUGGAUAUCCUCCUGUUCGCCAAAAUGGAUGAUGGAAAUGGCUUCUCUAAUAAGGAUCUGCGUGCUGAAGUGGACACAUUCAUGUUUGAGGGCCAUGAUACCACAGCCAGUGGUAUCUCCUGGAUCCUCUAUGCUCUAGCUGCACACCCUGAGCAUCAACAGAAGUGCAGGGAGGAGGUCCAGACUAUCCUGGGGGAUGAAGCCUCUAUCACUUGGGAACACCUGGACCAGAUGCCCUAUAUGACCAUGUGCAUCAAGGAGGCCUUGCGGCUCUAUCCACCUGUACCAAGUGUGAGCAGAGAGCUUAGCAAACCUGUCACCUUCCCUGAUGGACGCUCCUUACCCAAAGGUAUCAUCGUCUCACUUUCCAUUUAUACCCUUCACCACAGUCCAAAGGUGUGGCCAAACCCAGAGGUGUUUGACCCUUCUCGGUUUGCAGUGGAUUCUACCCAACACAGCCACUCAUUCCUGCCCUUCUCAGGAGGAUCAAGGAACUGCAUUGGUAAACAAUUUGCCAUGAAUGAGAUGAAGGUAGCUGUGGCCCUGACCCUGCUCCGCUUUGAGCUGCUGCCAGACCCCACCAGGAUCCCACUGCCUAUGGCACGAAUUGUGUUGAAGUCCAAGAAUGGGAUCUACCUGCAUCUCAGGAAGCUGAAAUGAAAUACUCUUGGUGGGGACGAGGACAGCUCUGAGAGUCUCCUGCCUGACAUCCCAUUUCCCUGUCCCUGUUCCAAUCCAUUCCUCCACAUCCUUCCUUCUAUCCUCCCACUGUCUUACCAGCCUGCCCUUGUGCUUCCCAUCUUCCUGGAGGUCUGCUUUUAACUCUCCUAUCUUCUCCAUCUGCUUGUCUGUCUACAUGUCUCCCAUCUGCCUGCAUCUCUGUCCAUCUAACCCCUGAUUAUUUGCCUUCUCUUUAAGAGCCUGACCCUCUAAAUUUCUUUUUCCUUUCUGCUGCUUGACUGUCCUUAUAUGAGCUUCCAAAUGCUGGUAUAACAAAUUAGAAAAAAAUCAUAGUGGCUUUAAGGGACAAAAAUCUCCUCUAUAGUUUUCAUGAUCAGAAUUAUAAUAUGUGUUUUACUGAGAUACAUCCAAAGUAAUUGCAGGGCCAUGCUACCUCCACAGCUGUUGGUGUGCCUUCACUUUCCUUUUCCAUCAUGCAAAGCUGCAUUCCUGGGCUUGGAGACCUUUCCUCAAUAUUCAAAUUCUACAGCAUCUUCAAAUCUCUCUAUGUCUUCUCCCAUCACUUAUCUAUUAAUAAAGAUCUUUGUGAUCACAUUGUACCCACUGCAAUAAUACGUAUGAUAAGAACAUAUUCAUAGUUGUCCUGUGAUUAGGAUCUCUAUAUCUUGGGAUGCCAUUAUUCAGCCUAUCCAUUCUCCCACCCAGACUGUCACCCAAUCUCUCCAUUUAAAUCUCUCCUCCAUGGUCUCUGGCUACCUGAUUAUAUCUCAUUUAAAUGUCUCUAUCUCCCCCUUCCCUGUAAUAAAGUUUCCAAUGUCA